AUGAAUGGUGAUAUUGAAGUUAGAGAGGCUUCGAAUGAGGAACAAAAACAAGGUGACGCCCCUACUGAAGGCAACAAUGUGGGAACAGAAUGUAUAUUCAAUGGUAGAGAUGCAUUACUUCAAUGGGCUCGUGAACAAGGAAAAUUGAAUAAUAUUGUCAUUGUAAUUAAAAGGUCUGACUAUGAAGGUGAGGGCAAGAGGAGACCUCGUGUAAUACUUGCUUGUGAGAGGAACGGUAACUAUAAGUCUUGCAAGUCUAGUAAGACAACUGAUAUAAGGUCAGAUGCAAAUAGUGAUAUGAAAAAUGGUGCUAGGGACACUGGUACCAAGAAAUGUGGAUGUCAAUUCUUGUUAAAAGGUGUCAAUAUUGGUGAUGAGGAUGAUUGGAAGUUGGAGGUGGUUUGUGGAGUACACAACCAUCAUAUUUCAGAGUAUCUUCAAGGUUAUUCAUUUGCGGGGCGACUUACUGAAGAAGAGAAUGCCUUGUUGGUGGACAUGUCUAAAAGUUUGGUGAAACCCAUAGAUAUUUUGGUCACCAUUAAAGAUAGAGAUGCAAUGAAUGUUUCAACUAUGAAGACAAUAUACAAUGCUAGGAUCCGAAAUAGAACCAAAGAAUUUGUUGGGAGAACCUAA